UCCAGCAUCUCCAAGAAACUUCUAACCCAGCGUUUUGAACUAUUUUACAGCCACAAAUUCCAGGUUCUAAAAACUGUUCUAAAACCCACUGACCAGAAGUUUCCUAUUUCCUGUGAAGGACCCUGUGCUGCUAGGACCUGAAAACCACUAGAAAAAAGCAUAUCAAAGCCUGGUGCCCUUAUCUCACCUUUAAUCCCAAUUUACUCGGGAGCCAGAGAUCUGAGGAUCACAGUUUGAAGCCAGCCUGUGCAGGAAAUUCCACGAAACUCAUAUCCAGUUAACAGCAAAAAGCCAAAAGUGGAGGUGUGGCUCCACAAGUAAAGCACUAGCCUUUAGUCAAAAAGCCAAGUGAGCACACAAAACCCAGAGUUCAAGCCCCAGUACCAUCAAGAGAAAAAAAAAGCACACCAGAGGAAAAGCCGGUGUCUGCAGCAUCAGCAUGGAUUCCUCAAAUUAUUCUCAGCUGGAGGAGUUUUAGCAGUGCUGAGUGUAUAUUACCUUCAACUAGUUGAGAUGGCUUCUGUGCAAAGGAAAAAACAAACAAGGAUCCUCAGCUUUGAAGAAGAGGAGAAAUUGAAAAGGGACCAAGCUCUGGUGUCUGGUUUUAAACAGGAAAAACUGGAAAAAGAAGCUCAGAAGAACUGGGACCUUUUUUACAAAAGAAAUAGUACCAAUUUUUUCAAAGAUAGACACUGGACCACCAGAGAGUUUGAGGAACUAAGAUCAUGUAGAGAGUAUGAAGGUCAAAAAUUGACCAUGCUUGAAGCUGGUUGCGGUGUUGGAAACUGUUUGUUCCCACUUUUAGAAGAAGACUUGAAUAUCUUUGCCUAUGCCUGUGAUUUCUCUCCAAGAGCAGUUGAGUAUGUUAAGCAAAAUCCUUUGUAUAACACAGAGAGAUGCAAGGUUUUCCAGUGUGAUCUCACUAAAGACAAUCUUCUGGAUCAUUUGCCACCUGGAUCUAUAGAUGUCGUCAUGUUGAUAUUUGUGCUGUCAGCUGUUCACCCUGAGAAGAUGCACCUUGUUUUAGAAAACAUUUAUAAGGUAUUGAAACCAGGCAAAAGCGUCCUGUUCCGAGACUAUGGGCUAUAUGAUCAUGCUAUGCUUAGGUUUAAAGCUGGCAGCAAACUAGGAGAAAACUUUUAUGUUCGACAGGAUGGAACCAGAUCCUAUUUUUUUACUGAUGAGUUCCUGGCUCAGCUCUUCGUGGACUCGGGCUAUGAGGAAGUGGUGAACGAGUAUGUGUUUCGGGAGACCGUGAAUAAGAAGGAAGGCCUGUGCGUGCCAAGGGUUUUCCUUCAGAGCAAAUUCCGGAAGCCUCUGAAAGAAUGAAUCCUGUGACCUGGGCCCGGAACUCCACCUGGCAGGUGGGCCUCCCCUUGAAGACUUCAAAUCACUUUGUAGUUUUGUAUAUUUGUAUAUUUUGAUUUUUAAAAAAUAAACGUAUAAAUUUUGUAUGA